AUUUUGAACGGAUAAUGUAACAUUGCUGAUGUGUGUGCAAUAUAAAUCCCGGGGCACUGGAACCUAAUAUGUACCAGGGUGUCCUGGUGUACUGUGUGCUAUAGAAAUGUAUUAAUCAUUUUUGGAAUAUUGCAAAGUUAUUUAGUAGUUAUAAAACUGGAGGGCGCUACAGCAAUUUUCGAGAUGGUGAAGACUUUUCAAGCCUACUUACCUAACUGCCAUCGCACGUACAGUUGCAUACAUUGCCGAGCACAUCUUGCUAAUCAUGAUGAGUUAAUAUCAAAGUCAUUCCAAGGGAGUCAAGGGCGUGCUUAUCUAUUUAAUUCUGUAGUAAAUGUUGGAUGUGGACCAGCUGAAGAAAGGGUUCUUCUGACUGGCCUACAUGCUGUGGCAGACAUAUAUUGCGAGUGUUGUAAAACAACGCUAGGAUGGAAAUAUGAACAUGCCUUUGAAUCCAGCCAAAAAUAUAAAGAAGGAAAGUUUAUCAUUGAGCUAGCUCAUAUGAUAAAAGAAAAUGGUUGGGAUUAACCUUACAAGUUGUGAGUGCUCUGAUCGAACUCAUUGCCCGAACUGUGCAGGCGCCGUUUUAGCAGUGGAAAAAAAUCAGCAGCAAAACUUUUCUCAACUAUGCUUGAACUGAUUUAGUGCUCACAACAUGUUAAAAUUAAAUCAUCUCUCAUAGCAGUCAAGCUAGGUCAAAUUUAAAAUACCUACCUGCUGAACAUUUUUUUUUUUUAAAGAAAUACUAUGUCUAAUAUUGCCAUCGCUGUGCAUCAGUGUUUUGUAUCACAUGUAUUCCUGCAACUUAUGGUGAUCAUAACUAUACAUUUUCAAUAGAUCUACUGUAGGUAUAUGAUACUGUUAAAACUAAUUUUAAGUUAUAUUUUUAAUUUUUAAAAAUGGUGUUUUAUAUUGUUUUUUCAGUAAUGUAAUGUUAUGUUUUCCGCAUGCCAUAAUUAAAUAUUUCUAAAUAUGUUAAUUCCAUUAAAUAGAAAUAUCUAUCUUUUUUAUGCAGUUGUGAAAGAAGGGAAAUGUCAUCUUUAAAUGAAUAAUGAUUUUUAUCAUAAAGACGUGUUGCAGGUAGGAUUAAAAUAGCUUGGCACUCAUGCUGUACAAAUCAUCACUUGGCUGCACUUCACUGUCAUUCAUGUUCAUAAUUUGUACAUAACUUUUUUAACUUUUUUUGUGUCACCAUUAUUUUUUCUAACAUUCUUAGCGCUCUCCUAAAUCAUAUUCUGUUAUCAGUGAGAAUGACAAAAUUUAAUUUUUAAAAAGGCAGAGUUUUAAGUUUAUGUUACUCUUCAAAUGUGGGCUAUUUGUUAUCCAGCUGUUUAAAAAAUAGUCAUAUUUAUUCAUUUAUUACAGUGAAUGCAAUUUGUUAUUUUAUUUUGAUUAAAGAUGCAUGAAAUAGAGAGAAAAAUUUGUUGUUUAAAAUCAUUUAGGCAUUUAUGAAGCUGAAAUCUUCUUCUAUGGAAGUUGUUUGAGCUAGGUAAACCAUUGAAAUAGGACUUUAAUCAAAUUUGAAUUGUAAAGAGAGCAAUUAUAAAAUAGACUAUGAAAUAUGUAACUAACUUGUACAGAAACAGGCUUUUUUAUUUGAAUAAACUAGUGAAUCCCAGAAACCAAUGAGUGAGAAAAAAUAUGUAUAUAUAUAUAUAAUAUAUCUAUAUAUAAAUGUAAAUGUUACCGUGAUACAUGUUGGGGGAUUAAAAAUAGUUUUGUUAACUUAUUUAUUAGUUCCUGAAUACAAUGUAAGAUAUAGUUGCUUCCAUUUCUCAACAUUGUAUAGUUUUACAUAAUGUACUGAAAUAAUUAUCAGCUGUGUUGCUUGGGUGUUGAUGUCAUCCAGAAUCUAAGGUGAAAUAUAUUUUUGGUAUAAACUCUUGGUUUAGUCCAAUUUAGUCUCAACGAAUCGUGAUAUUAUUAAUAGCACUAAAUCAAGUGUUUGUUUGGUCCAGGAGUUCACAUUGCUGUUGUGAAUAUUUUGUUUUUAUUUAUUACCCUUAGGUGUGUGAAUUGCUUAUUUGUGAACAAGUGUUGUCUUCCUUGUUUAAAUGAAUAAAAGCCUUUUUGCUUUGA